UGCUUUUACCCGGCGAUGGGGAGCCUGCCCGAGGUGGGUACGCGGGAGGCGGUGGAGCUAACCUCCACCUCUGCACCUCCGGGACUGAGCCCUUCAGCCAUGCAUCGGCUUCAGUUCUGUGACUCGGAAGCCUUAAAGGACUUGGGUGAUGGAGUUCAAGCCCUUCAUUGUGCAGACCAAAGAAACCCAGGGAGCACCUCAGUAACCUCUGCCAAAGUGGCUGUGAAUGGUGUCCAUUUGCAUUAUCAGCAGACGGGAGAGGGAGAACAUGCAGUCCUCCUGCUUCCUGGAAUGCUGGGAAGCGGAGAGACUGAUUUUGGACCCCAGAUCCAGAACCUGAAUAAGAAGCUCUUCACGGUGGUUGCCUGGGAUCCUCGAGGAUAUGGACAUUCCAGACCCCCAGAUCGAGACUUCCCAGCGGACUUUUUUGAAAGGGAUGCAAAAGAUGCUGUUGAUUUGAUGAAGACGCUGAAGUUUCAGAAGGUGUCUCUGCUGGGGUGGAGUGAUGGUGGCAUCACCUCUCUCAUUGCGGCUGCAAAAUACCCAUCAUACAUCGACAAGAUGGUGAUCUGGGGAGCCAAUGCCUACGUGACUGAUGAAGAUGAGAAGAUUUAUCAAGGUAUCCGAGAUGUUUCUAAGUGGAGUGAGAAAACAAGAAAACCUCUCGAAACCUUAUAUGGCUAUGACUACUUUGCCAAAACCUGUGAGAAGUGGGUGGAUGGCAUAAAUCAAUUCAAACAUCUCCCAGAUGGGAAUAUCUGUGGGCACUUGCUGCAGCUGGUUCAGUGCCCCACCUUGAUCGUGCACGGGGAGAAGGAUCCGCUGGUCCCACGGUUCCAUGCUGACUUCAUACACAAGCACGUGAGAGGGUCUCGGUUGCAUCUGAUGCCGGAAGGCAAGCACAACCUGCACCUACGUUUUGCAAAUGAAUUCAAUAAGUUAGCAGAAGACUUCUUGUUGGGAAAAUAUCCCUGAGAACAGCAGGGACCUGGGGAUUCCUUACUGUGGGGCUCGAGCCUGUUGUUGCCUUAGAAACACACUGCUGUCCCUCAGCUCACCUGCCUCCCCAAGCUUUCUAUACCUCCCUGCAAACUGCUCCCGGUCAAAUAGAAAUAAUGACAUAUUAAAAUGUUUUCUAGUUCUAAGUGCUACAAAAAUUAAAGCUGAUUUUUUUAACAUUA